AGCCUUUGAGAAUAUGUUAAAUAAUCUGCAAAUUAAAUGCCAAUUCAGUGAUAAUGGGUGUCCAUCGAUGGUACCAUUGGAUCAGUUGUCACAACACGUGAACUCGUGUCCAUACGAUGCGUCCAAAUGUGGGAAAUGUUUUUGUGACCACAAGUCGGGUCACGACUGCAUUCAGUCAUUACUGGCAGUCAAUACGCAACUAAAAGAUGAAAAUAAAAGUUUAUUACAAAAAAUGAUGUCUAAUCUGAAUACCGGUGCCGUUAUGACAGAAACUAGCGACGCUACACAUCAGACAUCAUUUGAAUCGGUUUUAUCGGUGGCCCGAAGGGAGAGAUUCAAUGGUGUAGUGAUUGGCAGCGAUAUGAAGGACGAUAUGGUUGUG